AUGUUCAGCUUUGUGGACCUCCGGCUCCUGCUCCUCUUAGCGGCCACCGCCCUCCUGACUCACGGCCAAGAGGAGGAGGAACAAGACAAAGACAUCCCAUCAGUCGCCUGCAUACAGAACGGCCUCAGGUACUAUGAACGAGACGUGUGGAAACCCGAGCCCUGCCGGAUCUGUGUCUGCGACAACGGCAACGUGUUGUGCGAUGAUGUGAUCUGCCAAGAAAUCAAGGACUGCCCAGGGGCCAUUGUCCCGUUCGGCGAAUGCUGCCCUGUCUGCCCCACAGGCGAGGGGUCACCCAUCAACCAAGAAACCACAGGAGUCGAGGGACCCAAAGGAGACACUGGCCCCCGGGGCCCUAGGGGACCUGUAGGCUCCCCUGGCCGAGAUGGCAUCCCUGGACAGCCUGGACUUCCCGGACCCCCUGGACCCCCUGGACCUCCUGGACCCCCUGGGCUUGGAGGAAACUUUGCUCCCCAAAUGUCUUAUGGCUACGAUGAGAAGUCAGCUGGAAUUUCCGUGCCUGGCCCCAUGGGUCCCUCUGGUCCUCGUGGUCUCCCUGGCCCACCUGGUGCACCUGGUCCCCAAGGCUUCCAAGGUCCCCCUGGUGAGCCCGGCGAGCCUGGAGCCUCAGGUCCCAUGGGUCCCCGCGGUCCCCCUGGCCCUCCUGGCAAGAAUGGAGAUGAUGGUGAAGCUGGAAAACCUGGUCGUCCUGGUGAACGUGGGCCUCCUGGGCCUCAGGGUGCUCGGGGAUUGCCCGGAACAGCUGGCCUCCCUGGAAUGAAGGGACACAGAGGUUUCAGUGGUUUGGAUGGUGCCAAGGGAGAUGCUGGUCCUGCUGGUCCUAAGGGUGAGCCUGGUAGUCCUGGUGAAAAUGGAGCUCCUGGUCAGAUGGGCCCCCGUGGUCUGCCUGGUGAGAGAGGUCGCCCUGGACCCCCUGGCCCUGCUGGUGCUCGUGGCAAUGAUGGUGCUACUGGAGCUGCUGGACCCCCUGGUCCCACUGGCCCCGCUGGUCCUCCUGGCUUCCCUGGUGCUGUUGGUGCUAAGGGUGAAGCUGGUCCCCAGGGACCCCGAGGCUCUGAAGGUCCCCAGGGUGUGCGUGGUGAACCCGGCCCCCCUGGCCCUGCUGGUGCUGCUGGCCCUGCUGGAAAUCCUGGUGCUGACGGACAGCCUGGUGCUAAAGGUGCCAAUGGUGCUCCUGGUAUUGCUGGUGCUCCUGGCUUCCCUGGUGCCCGAGGCCCCUCUGGACCCCAGGGCCCCAGUGGCGCUCCUGGUCCCAAGGGUAACAGCGGUGAACCCGGUGCUCCUGGCAACAAAGGUGACGCUGGUGCCAAAGGAGAGCCCGGCCCUGCUGGUAUUCAAGGCCCCCCUGGCCCUGCUGGUGAAGAAGGAAAGCGAGGAGCCCGAGGUGAACCUGGACCCACUGGCCUGCCUGGGCCCCCUGGCGAGCGUGGUGGACCUGGUAGCCGUGGUUUCCCUGGCUCAGAUGGUGUUGCUGGUCCCAAGGGUCCUGUUGGUGAACGUGGUUCUCCUGGCCCUGCCGGUCCUAAAGGUUCUCCUGGUGAAGCUGGUCGUCCCGGUGAAGCUGGUCUGCCUGGUGCCAAGGGUCUAACUGGAAGCCCUGGCAGCCCUGGUCCUGAUGGCAAAACUGGACCCCCUGGUCCCGCUGGUCAAGAUGGUCGCCCCGGACCCCCAGGCCCCCCUGGUGCCCGUGGUCAGGCUGGUGUGAUGGGAUUCCCUGGACCUAAAGGUGCAGCUGGAGAGCCCGGCAAAGCUGGAGAGCGUGGUGUUCCCGGACCCCCUGGCGCUGUUGGUGCUCCUGGUAAAGAUGGAGAAGCUGGAGCUCCAGGAGCUACCGGCCCUGCUGGUCCUGCUGGUGAGAGGGGUGAACAAGGUCCUGCUGGCUCCCCUGGAUUCCAGGGUCUCCCUGGCCCUGCUGGUCCUCCCGGUGAAUCAGGCAAACCCGGUGAACAGGGUAUUCCUGGAGACAUUGGUGCCCCUGGCCCCUCUGGAGCAAGAGGCGAGAGAGGUUUCCCCGGUGAGCGUGGUGUGCAGGGUCCCCCUGGUCCUGCAGGUCCCCGCGGGUCCAACGGUGCUCCUGGCAAUGAUGGUGCUAAGGGUGAUGCUGGUGCUCCUGGAGCCCCCGGUAGCCAAGGUGCCCCUGGCCUUCAGGGAAUGCCUGGUGAACGUGGUGCAGCUGGCCUUCCAGGCCCCAAGGGUGACAGAGGUGAUGCUGGUCCCAAAGGUGCUGAUGGUUCUCCUGGAAAAGAUGGCCCCCGUGGUCUGACUGGCCCCAUUGGUCCCCCUGGCCCUGCUGGUGCCCCUGGUGACAAGGGUGAAUCUGGUCCCAACGGCCCUGCUGGUCCCACUGGAGCCCGUGGUGCCCCUGGAGACCGUGGUGAGCCUGGUCCCCCCGGCCCUGCUGGCUUCGCUGGCCCCCCUGGUGCUGAUGGCCAACCUGGUGCUAAAGGCGAACCUGGUGAUGCUGGUGCUAAAGGCGAUGCUGGUCCCCCUGGCCCUGCUGGACCCACUGGAGCCCCCGGCCCCAUUGGUAAUGUUGGUGCUCCUGGACCCAAAGGUGCCCGUGGCAGCCCUGGUCCUCCUGGUGCUACUGGUUUCCCUGGUGCUGCUGGCCGAGUUGGUCCCCCUGGCCCCUCUGGAAAUGCUGGACCCCCUGGUCCUCCUGGCCCUGCUGGCAAAGAAGGCGGCAAAGGUCCCCGUGGUGAGACUGGCCCUGCUGGACGUCCUGGUGAAAUUGGUCCCCCUGGUCCCCCUGGGCCCUCUGGCGAGAAAGGAUCCCCUGGUGCUGAUGGACCUGCAGGUGCCCCCGGUACUCCCGGACCUCAGGGUAUCGGAGGACAGCGUGGUGUGGUUGGCCUGCCCGGUCAGAGAGGAGAAAGAGGCUUCCCUGGUCUUCCUGGCCCCUCUGGUGAACCUGGCAAACAAGGUCCUUCUGGUCCAAAUGGCGAACGUGGUCCCCCUGGUCCCAUGGGCCCCCCUGGAUUGGCUGGACCCCCUGGUGAAUCUGGACGCGAGGGCUCUCCUGGUGCUGAAGGCUCCCCUGGACGAGAUGGUUCUCCUGGCCCCAAGGGUGACCGUGGUGAGACUGGCCCUGCCGGACCUCCUGGGGCUCCUGGCGCUCCUGGUGCCCCCGGCCCCGUCGGCCCUGCUGGCAAGAGCGGUGAUCGUGGUGAGACUGGUCCUGCUGGUCCUGCUGGUCCCAUCGGCCCUGUUGGUGCCCGUGGCCCCACUGGACCCCAAGGCCCCCGUGGUGACAAGGGUGAGACAGGCGAACAGGGAGACAGAGGCAUAAAGGGUCACCGUGGCUUCUCCGGUCUCCAGGGUCCCCCUGGUCCUCCUGGCUCUCCUGGUGAACAAGGUCCCUCUGGAGCUUCUGGUCCUGCUGGUCCCCGUGGUCCCCCUGGCUCUGCUGGUGCUCCUGGGAAAGAUGGACUCAAUGGUCUCCCAGGCCCCAUUGGUCCCCCUGGUCCUCGUGGUCGCACUGGUGAUGCUGGCCCUGUUGGUCCCCCUGGCCCUCCUGGGCCCCCUGGUCCUCCUGGUCCCCCCAGCGGUGGUUUCGACUUCAGCUUCCUGCCCCAGCCACCUCAAGAGAAGUCUCACGAUGGCGGCCGAUACUACCGGGCUGAUGAUGCCAAUGUGGUCCGGGACCGUGACCUCGAGGUGGACACCACCCUCAAGAGCCUGAGCCAGCAGAUCGAGAACAUCCGGAGCCCUGAAGGCAGCCGCAAGAACCCUGCCCGCACCUGCCGCGACCUCAAGAUGUGUCACUCUGACUGGAAGAGCGGAGAGUACUGGAUUGACCCCAACCAAGGCUGCAACCUGGAUGCCAUCAAGGUCUUCUGCAACAUGGAGACGGGUGAGACCUGCAUGUACCCCACUCAGCCCAAGGUGGCCCAGAAGAACUGGUACAUCAGCAAGAACCCCAAGGAAAAGAGGCAUGUCUGGUACGGCGAGAGCAUGACCGACGGAUUCCAGUUCGAAUAUGGCGGCGAGGGCUCCGACCCCGCCGAUGUGGCCAUCCAGCUGACCUUCCUGCGCCUGAUGUCCACCGAGGCCUCCCAGAACAUCACCUACCACUGCAAGAACAGCAUAGCCUAUAUGGACAAGCAGACUGGCAACCUGAAGAAGGCCCUGCUCCUUCAGGGCUCCAACGAGAUCGAGAUCCGGGCCGAAGGCAACAGCCGCUUCACCUACAGCGUCACCCUGGAUGGUUGCACGAGUCACACCGGAACCUGGGGCAAGACGAUUAUCGAGUACAAAACCACCAAGACCUCCCGCCUGCCCAUCAUCGAUGUGGCUCCCUUGGACGUUGGCGCCCCAGACCAGGAAUUCGGCAUGGAUGUUGGCCCUGCCUGCUUCCUGUAAACUCCCUCCACCCCAACCUGGCUCCCUCCCACCCAGCCCACUGCCUUUUGACCCUGGAAACAGACAAACGACCCAAACUGAACCCCCCAAACAGCCAAAAAAAAAAAAAAAAAAAAGGGAGACAAUUUCACAUGGACUUUGGAAAAUAUUUUUUUUCCUUUGCAUUCAUCUCUCAAACUUAGUUUUUAUCUUUGACCAACUGAACAUGACCAAAAACAAAAAGCGCAUUCCACCUUACCAAAAAAGAAAAAAAAGAAUAAAUAAAUAACUUUUUAAAAAAGG